ACUCUAAUCAUUAUUAUUUAGAGAAAGCAACAUUUCCUUUAUCAAAGUCUAAAUCAUUGAACAAGCAAGUUAGCAGCUGUUGACAUUUUGGCCCGACAUUUUAUUUAAAUAAUAUUAAAAUUGUAGAAAGGCAAGAUUAUAUGAAUAUUAAUAGUUUAAGAUUUUGGAACUAUAAACUGAACCAAAAUCAAACUAGUGACUCACUGAAGUCACUGUGACUGUGACUACUGUGAGGAGAGUCAAACUGAAUUCAAAUUCAAACCAACCCUUGUAAACUUUUCACAAUAUUCAACAUGUGAUAGUUUAUACAUUUCUAGCAUUGCCUAAAUUAAAUAAAUAUUUAUCAUUGCAAUAUUUUUCAGAAGAAUCAGCAUGGCAAGAUUGCUUUCAAAUAAUUCAAGUGAAAACAGAAUUGACCUCAGCAAAUCUCCAUAUGAUCAAUCAACAUUUAUGGGCCGUCUUCGUUACUUUGCAUGGGUAACAGAUCCAAGAUUGACCAUUAUUCCUUCAAAACAAAUAUAUGAAUCGAAAGAGUUGCUUGAAAAAUACAGGUUGGAUUGCAUUUGAUGGUUGUUUGGCACUGCAAAGUAUAUUUUAUUACGUAGUGUAACGUAGCCUAUAUUAAAGAACAAUUUAGCAUCACUAUCACACACAAAAAAUAGACUCAACUUAACCUUUCAAAGCAGGGAUUAAUUUCCAUAAUGAAAUCUUAAGAUUUUGUCGACAAAGGUAAAGCGCAUUAAAAAUUUUAAUAUUAAACUUUUUUAAUCUAAAAGAAUAUUACCAAAAUUAACCUGAAUUAUAUGCUUACUAAUAAUAUAUAUAUAUAUAUAUAUAUAUAUAUAUUUAGACAUUGUCAAGAGCCUGCUGGGACUACAGAGAAACAGAUAAGAAGGGCACAGCAAAUUUACCUUUCAGCCUUCCAUCCUGACUCUGGUGACUUGCAAAAUCUUUUUGGCAGGAUGUCCUUCCAAGUUCCAGGAGGCAUGGUGCUAAUUGGAGCUAUGAUUACAUUUUACAAGUAAAAAUCAUUUAAUCUAAUGAAACUAUGCAUUAAAAUACUUAUUAAGAGUAUAUGGCUUUUAAAAAUAAUCUUUAGUUAAAAAUAUUAAAGAUAUAACAAUUUUUUUAACAUAUCUUUUUGCAGGUCAACAGGAGCAGUUAUAUUUUGGCAAUGGGCCAACCAGUCAUUUAAUGCCUUGGUCAAUUACACAAACAGUAAUGCAACAAUGGAGGUUAAUAAUAAGUAAGUUGGUGUUGAGUUUCUGUUUUUUUUUUUAAAUUAUUUUCUGUGAAGGAAAUCAAUCCAUCAUAAAUUGUUUUCUUGAAACAAUCUAAAUAUGGUGAUCCACAAAAUUUUUUUUACAAGUAGUUAUGUUUCCAUGCUGAAUAAAAUGUGAUGUAUCAGUAUUUAGUCCUGUCCAGUGUCUAGCCUGCACUUUCUUUUCUCAAGACAGCUAGCAACUGCCUAUGUCAGUGCAACAACAUCAGCUUUGGUUGUUGCCCUUGGCUUAAAAAAGGUUUUGGCUACAGUAAGUUUUGUUUUCUCUCCUCUCUUGCUUAUUUUCUUGGCUAAAGCAGAAAUCAUUCAGCUUCGACUCUUCACUAGUAAUGUGCACAAAACCAUAUCAAAGUUUUCAAAACUAAACACAUUGAAGUUAUCGUCUUUCAGAAAAUUUGAAAUGCUUUUAAUCAUCAUAUCAAUUAUUUCAGCUUUAAAUUCUCUUGCUUGCCGUUUUCAUUAUUUGCUUGGGCAAAUGUACACAACUUAAAUAAAUCCUGUGUAAAGCAUAUAUAAAUGUGUACCAUUUUUUACUGCAGCGAGCCAGUCCUUUAGUUCAGAGAUUUGUACCAUUUGCUGCUGUGGCAGCUGCCAAUGCUGUAAAUAUUCCAUUAAUGAGGCAAAGGUAAGUUUGAUAAAUUAUGCUACACAUAUUAUUAUAAAAAUAAAAAUAGCACCAUACAGUUAAAGCAAUAAGAAAAUUAUUUUCAUUGGUAGUUAAUAGCUCACAAAUGUAAAGUAAAUAGUAGAACAAGAUAUGUGGAAGUUUGAAUAGAAAGACUGGACAAUAAAAAAUAACGUUUCAGCUGGCAGGACAAAUGAAAAAUGGCAUUUUCCUGUCUGCUGAGGAAGACUCUUAGUCCAAACGUUCUGCUUUUAGUGUCCUGUCUUUCUUUUCAAGCUUCCAGAAACCUUGUUUUAUUAUUUCCUUCACACAGCUUGAGCACAGUCCUUCAUUUAUUAUCAUUUAUUAUCAAAAAUGUAAUUUUACUUUGUUGUGAAAUCUUCAGAAAUAAACAUAUUCCAAUGUGACCUGUAAUAAUUUAACCCACAUAAGUUAUUUGUGUUCUAUUUCAUGCACAUCUGUUGGUAGAACUGUGCCAUCUACUUCCUGUAAAAUCACAAAUUACAGUGUAAUAUUACUUACAGGAGUUUUAUUUUCCUAUGAGCUCAAAUUAAUAUCCUUAAAAACUUUUUUAAAAUUCUAAAAAAAUUUUUUAUGUACCGGUAAUAUAUUCAUGAUUGGCACCAUUAUUUUGCUUUUUCUCUUAAAAUAAAUUAAAACUUCUAGUGAACUUGUUGAUGGGAUACUUGUGUGUGAUGAAAAUGGAAACCCAAUAACCAAGUCAAAAGUAGGCCUACUACUAUUUCUAAAUUUGUUUGAAAGAUAUAUAAAAGCAAUUUUUGUUGUUGUGAGCAAUGCAGAUAAGUUAUUGCUUUGUACUACAUUAAGUGAUUUCACUUCUUCUUUUCCAUUAAUAAUCAAAAGUUAUAUUUCAUAUGCAACGAGGUGUAAACAACAAUAAUUUAUUUUUUUUUGUAACUGGAGUUACUGUCUGUUUAUUUACUCCUAGUAUGCAGCUGUUAAGGGUAUUGGCCAGGUGCUAAUAUCAAGGAUUUUUAUUGCUGCACCCAGCAUGAGUAAGUUUUCUCUUGUAUGUUUAGUAAUAUGGAAUGAAACAAGAAAGAAUUUUAAUAAGUUUAAAUCUGAUGACUUUGCUUAAGCUAACCAGUUGUGGUUCAAUAUAAUUAUCUAGGUAUACAUAAUUCUAGGUACACAGAAUUGUAAGCUAAAAUAUUUCAAUUUUUUUUAAAUUAUAUGAACUGAAGCCCCUACCAGUGUGGGUUCUAUAAUAUAUAUUAUAGAAUGUAAAAUUUUUUUUUAAAGAUGUCUCACCUUUUAAUUUCAUUCACAGCUGUGUUACCCGUCUUGAUGGAAAGAUUGGAGAAGACAAAAUUGUUUCGUCGUCAUGGAUGGUUGAGUGGAGCUUGUCAAGUUUUAUUUUCUGGUCUUUUGUAAGGACAAACAGCCUUUAUUAUUUAAAUUGUCUCUUCUAUAAUAAUUAUUAAAAACCUACUUCCUCUUUUGUCUUGUUUUUUUUAUGAGAUCAAUAUAAUUAAUAUAAUUAUUUAUAUGUACUAUUUGAAGAUUUUUAGGAAAAGACACUAGGCAAAUGCAUUUUUGCUGUAUUUUCUUUUAGAUAUCAUAUGAGAAAAUAUGUUGCUUUUGGUACGUAAUGUCAUUUUAUUUUAAAUUUCAGAUUGCUAAUAACUGUGCCUGUGGGCUGCGCUAUUUUCCCACAAAGGUGGUAAGUUCGAUAUGGUUGUACUGAUUCAGAAUGGUUCAUAAAUGUACUUUAUAGGAUAUGAUCUAUUCUGCAAAAUAAGAAUUUAAUAUAAUUUACCAUGGAAAAUUUUAAUAAAAGAGAAUUACAAAUUAGAACAUAGGGCUAAUCUUUUAGGUGUAAAUUAGACAAUAUAUUUUUAAAAUGUUUUUAAUAUGUUCCUGAUAGGUAAAACUAAGUUAUACAAAUUUAUAAGACCAGGAGAUAUUAAUGUUAAAAAAAAAAAUGUGUUGUUAAUCUUCUGGAUUCUAUAUUUUGUCUCUAUGUUUAUUAAAGGCUUCUCAUUAAAAUUUUCUAAUCUGACAGCUCCAUAUCUUCGAGUCAGUUAUCCAUUCUUGAUCACAAGCGGGUUGAGGAGUUAAGGAAGGCUGGCUCAGUCAAUCUACCAGAGAGGCUGUACUUUAACAAAGGCUUGUAAUCAGUUGUAGCUUUGUAUCAUUUCCAUUCUCGGACCAACUUGCAUUGUUGGAACCACUGAUAUUAUUGGACCUCCUGGGAGUAUCGGACCUUCAGACAUUGGACCCACAGAUGGAUAGUGAUGGACUACUGCUGACUUCAUUAGUUCUAUUGAGAUCAUUGGACACACUAAAAUAUAUUGACCAGUUGACAUUUUUGGGCCCACUAACCUUAUAAUUACUGGACCUAAUGACAUUAUUAUAUCUACUGACAUUGAAUUAACUGACAUUGUUCUACCCACUGACAUUAUUCUACCCACUGACAUUAUUCUACUAACUGACAUUAUUGGGCCAUCUAAUAUUAUUGGACCCACACCACUUUAUGACUAAAUUGGGUAAAAAUAUAUCAUGAUUAGGCCCUAGAGUUAACUCAUUAAUCUUAUUGAAAAUGCACCUCAAAAGGUGUUCCAAAGAGUGCAGCUAAAUUUGACAAAUUCUUUUAUUGAUAUCUCAGGCAUAGGCACAACAAUACUUAUUUUUUGGUUGUCACACAAGCUGGUCCUGUCCAUUUCAGAAAACUUUGACAUUUUUAGAUGAGAAGUAUGUAAUAGUGGCAGCCAGGAAAUAUUUAUUAGCAAUAUGUUCUUGUAAGAACAAAAGAAACAAAAGAAACUACUGUUUUCCAAAAAAGUUUAUUAACUUUAACUAUAUGGACAAUUUAAAAAAAAAUUAUAUAUACAUCUGUUAAUGAUGAGAUUGUGUCAAAGGUUUUAACAUUUAUAUUUAAUGUUUAAAUAGAGGAUUUACUAAUAUGUUUUUGAACAGAUUAUUCUUACACUUUUUAUGUACACAUGUAAAUGCUAUCAUUGGACUAAAAGUAUGUUAAUGCAUUUUUGAAACAUUUCAGUUGUUUGCCAUUUUGUCACUAACAUAGUUUAAUAAACAUAUACUCACCAUUCAUGUUACCAGGUAACAUUAAUGAGGCAUUACAACUAUACUUGUACAUUAUAGUUUGUGGAAUGAUAAGAUUUGUCUUUCUGACAUAUGUUGCCAGUUUUUACUAAUGAAUAAAUAAGGCCUAAUACCUACCAAAUGUGCAAAAAAUCAAACAAAUAAUUAAUACUGACAAUACUUAAUGAGAACAAUGGCUAUUCCAUAAUGCAUUGUAAUGUAUUUUGUGUGUGUCCUUUUCAUAUGUUCAUUAUUUUGAUGGAACUUGUUAAAAAAAAUCAAUAAUUCUGUCUACACUCAUUUCACUUCAUGUUGACCAGAGUGUGUUAUUUAUUUAUUUCAAUGGGUUAUUUUGAAUAUAGCAGCAUACAAUUUGAGCUCAUUUAUUGUAUCUGUAACUUCCAAGAACCUUACUCUUUUUAUAUUAUAUUUUUUUAUUACAGUUUAAUAUCUAGCUUAUAAGGGAAUGUUAAAGCUAUGUAAUUAAAUCAUUGGAGUUUUUUGGACUAUUAUUUACAAUGGUUGUAGUUUUAUUACUUCAAAUCGGUUGAAUUUUGUACCGGUUAAUGAGAAAAAUCUUAUGGUAAUAAGUGACAUAGCUAGUUACAAAGAUUACACUAUAUUUGUUUGGUACUUGCAUUAUAGAGUAAGAUAUUUAUAAAUACUUAAAAGAUUUUUUUCUCAAGUAUUGAAAAAAACAAAAAAACAAAAAAACAAAAAAACAAAAAAACAAUUGAAGCCAACAUGAUUAUUUAAAAGAAUGAAUGGUUACACAGUUACUCAUUCAAAACUUAUCUUUGUCUGUACCCAGGCUUUAUACUUGUUUGCUUGUAUUGUAAUUAUAAAAGAGAAGGUGUAUUUCUGGUGGUGGAAUUUUAUUUGUUUUAACAGAGAACCGGAUAAUUAAUUUUUAUUAUCCAUUUUCCUAGUCAUUCUCACAGAACGUAUAUUUAAUAUAAUUUAAGUGGCUUAUGGCUGAUCUUACUAUACUUAUACAACUAUUUGUUCCAUAAAAUUUCAAUAAAAUAUCUAGAUAUUUAUAUUCUGAAUAUCAUAUUUAAUUUCUAUUUACAUAGAAAUUGACCUCUUUCUUUAAUAAGAUGUAUUAUUGUGUUGGUUAUUCCUUGAAUCAAAAUCUUUCCGGGGCAUUCUUUAACAUUAACAGUUGCGUACUAAGAUAUGAAUUUUAUGUAAGUGCUGCUACCUUAUGUUGUAGCAGGAAUGUAUGCAUUAUUAUUACAAUUAUUUUUUAACCAAACAUUGAACUUGCUGAUGGAUGAUAUUUUUUUUUACCUAACCAAAGAUUAUUUUCUAUAAUUAUUGGUAAGGAUGGAAUUAUUUUAAAUGAAGAACAAAUAAAUUAAUUUAUAAUCCAAUACAAUUUUUAAAAAAAAUAAUUUUCAAUAAAAUUUGCUUAAUUUGUAUUCUUCAUCUAAGACCCAGACCCUCAACCCAUGGGUCAGGACCCAAAAAAAAUUUCUUCUUGAUUAUUUUAUCCUGCUAUUAAAAUUUAAUCAAUUUCAUUGUAUCUCAAACCAAAAAGGUAAAGAAAUUUUUGUUAGGCUUUGAUUUUUUUAAAAAGAAUAAUUGCAAACUGAGGAGUUCUGAAAAAUGUGAGAACCAUUUAAUGCGUUUAUAGUUUAUAGGUAAAAAACCAUGGUACCUUAAAACUGUCAGCGCACUUUCAAAAACUUCAACCUGUGUGUGUACCUGUGCCUCCAGUUAGACUACUAUUAAAGAGCCCAAACCAUUUUUCGCUAAUGCUAAAAAACUAAUGUUUUUAUUUUUUUAUUUUAAGGAAAACAAAAUAUAAACUGGUAAUUAUUUUGAAUUGAGAAAUGAUUAAGGAACGUCACUUCUGUCUAUCAUCAGAUUCUGUGGGAGCCAUCUGCUGGGUCAGUUUUCUUAUCUGGAGUUAUUUUGCUGUCAUUUAGUUUUCCAAGGCUGUCCACCUUGGUACUGUCUUUGGAAGUGAGCUUGCCAGCAUACUAAAAACAUGACCAGCCAAUCCCUUGUAAUGUGCUUGCACUGCUAAUUAUGAAUAAAUAAAACGAAA